GGUUGAAUCCCAACCCGGGAAGGAGACCAGGACUGGAACCUGUACUGGGCCAACGUUCACAGCAUCAAAGGGCUGUUCUCGACGGACAGCAACAUGCGCCUGAGCGACCACCAGUUGGUCAAUCAUUUCCCAAACCAUUACGAAAUCACUCGAAAGGACCUGAUGGUAAAAAACAUAAAACGGUAUCGAAAGGAAUUGGAGAAGGAGGCCGUUGCCAGCGGAAUGUCAUCCUCCUUGGUUAAUGGCAGCAGCGGGGGAUACGGGGGGGGAGGAGGAGGAGUAGUAGUAGUAGUAGUAGUAGGAGGAGGAGGAGUAGGAGGAGGAGUAGUAGGAGGAGGAGGAGUAGGAGGAGGAGGAGGAGGGGGUCCCGGAGGGACGGGGAUGGCUACGGCGGACAAAGCCAGUGCAGUAGAGGGGUUGUUGGACGGCUUGGACUUCAUCCCACCCUCCUACGCUCUCCCCGCAGAUUACAGCCUGUUCGUCGAGGAAUUCAGAAAACAGCCCAACAAGCUGGAUGAGCUAGAUAACCAGUUCAUUCACCUGACGAAUGUGGCCAUCCAGAAGCACGGGGAGGAGUACAACGGCAAACAUGGGAACAAAUGGCCUCUAGAGAACAUGCGAUUGUUCCUGACGGCUACGAGAGGCCACGUGGCAACGGACAAGCUUUUCAAAGACAUAAAAAGCCUCAUUAUUCACUCGCUGAAGGCGUGUCAGAACGUGAUCAUCAACGAUCGACAUUGUUUCGAGCUGUACGGUUACGAUAUCAUCGCCGACUCCAACCUCAAGCCCUGGCUCAUAGAGGUCAAUGCCUCGCCAUCGCUGUCGGCUACAACUCCUGCUGACCUGGCACUGAAGUGCCAGGUCAUCUCCGACGCGCUGGCCAUCGUCAUCCCGACGCAUCCGCCUCCUGAUAGGAGACGGCAGGGCUGCCGAACGGAACCAGGGACAGCAGGAGGAGGAGGAGGAGGAGGAGGAGGAGGAGGGGGCGCGGGGGCAGCGUCUGGACGGGCGGUUGGGCAUCCGAAGAGCCAGGGGGGGGCACCUGCAGGUGGACCCGCCGGUCCUGACCUUGGUGGGGCUAGGCAUACUGGUAGCCUUGGCUAUCACUGUGGAAACCAGGGCUACGGAUGCUUCCAGGUACUGUACGAUGAGGCCAAGAUCCAAGAGUUGGAGCGAGCAAGGAAAGAGAUCCCUGAGCUGGACCAUCAGAGGCGGAACAAACGACACGCUGGCGGAGGACUCAGGAGAGCCUUCCGCUCCAGAGAGUGGGCUUUCUAGACCCAAACCAACGAACUGCCGGGGGGCUGCCCAAAACUCAGGACAGGACGUAAGCAACAUGCU